UCAUCCCGUUGUAGCGGGCAACGUUGCCGUUCCCCAUCUGCACCCGAUGCUUGCCUGGUAAAAAUGAUAGUUUGCCAUAGAAAGUAGGGAAAUCUAGGACUUUUGCUGAGCGGUGACGGGACAGCCUUGGCGGGGAAUGAUGGGAGUUGUAGUCCAACAACAGCUGGAGAGCCUCAGGUUGGCCACCUCUGUUUUAUGCCCUUGCCUGCAUUUUUCGUGGAACCCGACCUUAUGCGCUUAUACCCAUUUACUGAUUCCCAGGGGCAUAGGCUGCUGCCUUGGAUCGGGCUGUGAAGGGCCUCUCCCCCGCCCAGGCGCCAUCGCUAGCAAAGCAGGAGCCCCACCCGGUUCCUGGGAGGCCAGGAGUCGGAGCAUUUCCGCCUUGUCUCUUGCCGGAGAACACUUGAUCUGCUGGACUGCGUUGGGAGUCGGGAAGGGUCUUUCCUGGCUUAUUACCGGGGUCUUCAUCUCCUGCUUUUAGGCUUGCUGUAGAUCAGAUCCUGCAGGAAGUACUCUAGAAAUGACUCACUGGUUUCAUCGAAACCCUUUGAAGGCUACAGCUCCUGUCACAUUCAAUUACUAUGGAGUUGCCACCACUCCAGCUGCAACAAAGAUUUGCAAUGAUUUACGGUUGUCAAGGAUACGCCUCUUGGAACUUUUUACAGAUUUGAGUUGUAACCCAGAUAUGAUGAAAAAUGCAACCGAUUCCUAUUUUUCACUCUUGAAAGGUUUUAUAGUCUCACUGGAUGACUCCUCACAGGAUAGCAAGCUGAGAUACAUUCAGAAUUUUAAGUGGACAGACACCUUACAAGGACAAGUACCAAGUGCCCAGCAAGAUGCUGUGUUUGAACUAGUUUCAAUGGGAUUUAAUGUGGCUUUGUGGUAUACUAAAUAUGCAUCGAGGCUGGCUGGGAAAGAAGACAUAACAGAAGACGAAGCAAAAGAUGUUCACCGAAGUAUGAAAAUAGCAGCUGGGAUUUUCAAACACUUAAAGGAAAGCCACAUCCCCAAAUUGAUCACUCCAGUAGAAAAGGGAAGAGAUUUGGAAGCACGACUUAUAGACGCCUAUGUCGUCCAGUGCCAAGCUGAAGCACAAGAAGUGACAAUUGCCCGAGCUAUUGAGCUGAAACACAAUCCUGGCCUAAUAGCUGCUCUAGCCUAUGAAACUGCCAAUUUCUAUCAAAAAGCAGAUCAGAUGUUGUCCAGUUUGGAUCCAGCAUAUACAUUAAAGUGGCGGAAAUACCUUCAUCUGAAGUCAUGUUUCUAUAUGGCCUAUGCUUUCUGCUACCAUGGUCAAACCCUCCUGGCCAGUGAUAAAUGUGGAGAAGCUAUUAGAUCUCUACAAGAAUCAGAGAAAUUUUACACCAAGGCUGAAGCAUUGUGCAAAGAAUAUGGUGAAACCAAAGGGGCUGGGACUACAGCUAAGCCUUCUGGCCACCUCUUCUUUAGGAAAUUGGGAAGCCUGGUGAAAAAUACUUUAGAAAAAUGCCAGCGAGAGAAUGGAUUCAUCUACUUCCAGAAAAUCCCCCCAGAGGCUCCCCAGCUGGAGCUGAAGGCAAACUAUGGUUUGGUUGAGCCUGUUCCUUUUGAGUUUCCUGCUCUGCAUGCACACUGGACUCCGGAAUCCCUUGCUGCAUUUGAUCUCACCAAAAGACCCAAAGAGGACAGUGCAAAACCAAAAGAAGAAGAAGUUAAGCCUGUGAAAGAGCCAGAUAUAAAGCCUCAAAAAGACACUGGUUGCCAGAUCUCUUAAAUUCCACAAGUGCUCUGAAAUGACCCUUGUGAGCUGCAUUUUGCCAACUCUGGGGUUUUAUUGUCCAUCCCCUUAGCUGACUCUUCUGGACUUUUUCAUCCUAAUAAUGAAUUUACAAUUUUCCCUGUCCUGUAGAUAUCCUGCUUGAUUGAGAGUGUGUGGCUGCAUUUCAAAAGAAGUUUAUUACAAGUGAAGAGAAUAAAACUGGAUUGGAAAUAAGCUUAUGAUCUCAGUGUAGAAAGUGAGUGUUUAGGUGGACCAGCAAGACGUUUUAAAACGGAUGAUAGAUGCAAGGGAUGGGACAGAGGCAGAGUAGGGCUUGAAGAGUAGGAGAGACUGAACAAGAAGAAAUUCCAUGAAGGCCUUGAAGGUGCUGUGUAAAAACAGAUUUGACUGAAAUAAAUAAGACCAGGAUACCAGAGAAGUGGUACUGGAGCUACAUUUCACGUCUAGAGAGUCACAGGAGAAUCUAGCUCAUAAACCAUGUAAUGAAAUUGUAGGAGAAGAAAGUAUUGCAUCUUUUAUUUAAAUAGGAUGUUCUAAUGUAAUUGUAGCCCUGGCAGGAGCCCAACUGAUGCCAUCGUUGUACUAAAAUACUGCAAAAGAAAUGCAAGUAGGGUGAGCGUUCAAAUAAUGUUUGACCUUGAAAUCCUUUGACAGAAACAAAAUGCUUAUUUUGAGGGAGAGAGAGGUGCAUGUAUUGAGACUGGUUUGACCUGUGUGCCAUAAGAACAUGACAAAAAUAAAACUAUGGAAGAACUAUACAACUAACUGAAGUUAAAACUCUCAUAGAUGAGCAACUACGCUGUUCUGUUACGGGUGGCCAGGACAUUGGGAAAGAGUAAUGCAGAGGAGACAAAAUAGAUGAUUUAUGAGGAGGGUGGGAUGAAGCAUUUCAACUACAGGAUAAAACCUUGUGAGAUAAACUAAGUUUCCUAGAUUUGUCACGCGGGAAUGAGUACGAUCAGAAAUGGAUAUACUGAACCAAUCAAACCCAGUGCAUUAUGGGAUAGGCCAGCAAAUUUUAUAACUGAAAGAAUGAUAUUGGAGAAUAAGAACAUUGACUCUACUGUAAAUAAAGCCAAGAGUCAGAAAAGAAUGUGGUUACAUUUCUCUUUAUUCUGCCUGGGUUAAACCUCUUUGUUGGAACUUAAGCUUCUUAAUAGACAGCCUCAAGAAUUUAGUUUCAGCAUACAAAGCAAAAUAGCAAGAAGUGACCGGAGUCAUUUUUUAAAAGGGGGGUUUCUAUGUAGUUAAACACAUCUCACAAAAGAUAAUUGCACUUCUCAUAAAACUUGGUUUCCUUUCAGUUUUUCAUCUUUUUAUGAUUGAUGAUUAUUAAUUCUUAGCUGAAUUUUGAAACAAAUAAUGGGAACCUAUGUGCUUUAUGGAACUUUAUCAUGACUAGUAAGAAAUGCAGUUAAUACAUGAUUGGGAUAAUUAACACUCCAUUCUGUAUAUUUAUGAACUGAAUUUGUAUAUAUGGAUGGCAAUGUCUUCUGUAGAUUAUUUUGGCUUGCUUCCAGGACCUGUAUCGGGUGACUAUUUGAAUAAGGUUAUUUUAAUGCAGUAUGGUAUCCACUUGGUAGAAAUUCAAGUAGUUGCUUCAAGUAGUUACCAUGUCAUUUAAAAAGUUUUGUUUCAAAUGUUGAGCUGUUAAAACUUGCUAUGUGUCUGUCUCAGUGCAACUCUAAUUUUCAGUUUCAUUUAAAAUAGCCCAAAUGUGUUUGGAUGACAUUCUGCUGAUUUGCAGCAAAUUAGAUAAAAUAAUAAUGGAAAUAUGUUUGAAUGUAUGGAAACCUAUAUGAAAGUACUACAUAUAGUGAAGUCUUAUUGGGUAUAUAAAAGUCUAGAGGAUGCUCAGUAGUGACCAGUUGAGCCUCAGUAGCUUAACAGGCCUUUGAAUGUAUGGCACUAAAGAACUGUAAUUAUGUACUUGUUAGAGGCUCUGAUGAGUAACACUUUAACCUAGUUUUUUUUUAACUACUUAAUAAAAUGCAGUGAUUAAGAAGUGAUUUGUAAACAACCAAUCUAUGAGUUGAAAGAAAAUCAAUCAAGCAGCUUAGUCCUAUCCAUGUGUAUUCAAGUUAAGUCCAUUCUGGUUUCAAUGAGACUUAUUCCAUGUGAAUAUGGAGAUUGCAAGCUUAAUGUAUUUUCGCUUACAGUUAAUACCCCAGUGUUCUUGUUUCUUCUGGUACCCUUUUGUACUUCUCAUCCGCUGAGUGUUUUCACUCACUUGUACACAUGCCUUAGGUCCAGAUAUCCAGUGUUCUCAACCAAUACUUUAAGAGGCUUUAUCUGUAACUCUUUCCUGUUCUGUUUGGUCCUUCACUUUGAGGUGGUUCUUGGGCAGGGCUGCACAACUUCAGCCCUCCUGCAGAUGUUGGCCUACAAUCCCCAUAAUCCCUGGCUAUUGGUCACUGUGGCUCAGGAUUCUGGGGGUUGUAGUUCAAAAAUAGCUGGAGGGCCUAAGUUGAGCAGGCCUGUUCUAGGGCCACUGCCAGAUAUUGUGCCAAGCGCUGUGGUCAGGGUUGUGAUCACAGCUUAUUAUUUGUGGGGUGUAUUGGAUGUCCUUUAUACUCAUUAGUUCAGGGUUUCUUAACCUUGGGCCCCCAGACGUUGUUGGACUACAACUCCCAUCACCCCCAGACAUGGCCUUUAUGUCAGAGGAUGAUGAGAGUUGAAGUCCAGCAACAUUUGGGGGCCCACGGUUAAGAAACACUGCAUUAGUUCAUGGCUUUUUGAACUAGCAUCUUUUUCUUUCUUGCUGUUCGGCUUCUUUCCGCUCAUCAAUGCCUGCUGAAGUAGGAAGCCCAUUCCAUGUCCCCCUUACUAUUAAACACGUGUUACUUGGAUGUCCAUGUUUUCUAAAUGCUUGCCAAAGCUUUCUACAAACCCAGCCACUCUACUUCGUUGAGUGCUUUGCUGCUUUUCUGUAGGAAGACUAAUUCUAUCUUUAUCUGUCCAGAAGAUUUUUCUUCUAGCAUCAUUGUAGUGCAGGGCUCCAUAACAUUAGCCUUCCAGCUGUUUUUGGACUACAACUCCCAUCAUUCCCAGCCACAGUGACCAAUGGUCAGGGUUUAUUGGAGUUGUAGCCCAACAACAGCUGGAAGGCCAAAAUUGUGCAGCCCUGUCUAGUGAAGGUCGGGGAUGGAGGGUGGUACUGUAGACAUAGGAAGCUGCCAUAUACCGAUUCAGACCCAUUGAUCACUCUAGCUCAGUAUUGUCUACACAGACUGGCAGCGGCUUCCCCAAGGUUGUAGGCAAGAAUCUCUCUCCGCCCUAUCUUGGAGAUGCCAGGGAAGGAACUUAGAACCUUCUGCAUGCAAGCAUGCAAGUGCUCUUCCCAGAGCAGUCCCAUCCCCUAAAGGGAAUAUCUUAAGUGCUCACAUAUGAAGUCUCACAUUCAGAUGCAAACCAGGGAGGACCCUGCUUAGUAAAGGGGACAAUUCAUGCUUAAUUCCAUUUUAUUUGUUUGUUAUUUUUCCGUGUAAACCACCCUGAGCCAUUUUUGGAAGGGUGGUAUAGAAAUCGAAUAAAUAUUAAUACCACAAUACCAGCUCUCCUCCCACAUGAACUCAAGCAGGUGCAGACCUGAGCAGUAAGUUGGAUGGGAGACCACUACACUUUCAGCCCCAUGUAAGAAUGGAAUAAAUAAUGGUGGGGCGGGGGAGCUAAGCACACACAGAACUACACACAUGACUGAACCUAUGCAUGCUGGGGGAAACCCUACUUGGGUAAUAAGUUUUGGCAUUAAAGAAGUUUUCUUUUUCAAGCCUUGCCUGAAUGCAGGUUGAGACGUGUGUCCCCAUUAAAUUCUCCCUUUGGGACUGUACUAGAUAUAUCUCUUUGAUCCCUUUUCCAAGUUUAAACAGCCUUUGAACUAUAAGUAUAACAACAAUGUAGAAUACAUUAAACUGAAGAAAUGCCAGGUUGUUGGCCUUGAUUUCUCAAGGUUAGUCUCUUACCAGUAUUUUGGCUUCGGUGUAGUGUAGUGAAGGUGGUGUGUUUUGUUUUGUUUUUUGCUGAGAUCAGGAUAUGGUCUCAAUUUUGCACUCCAAGGUGUGUAAGCAUAGGUUUCUCUUUUGUAACUUGUUUUUGCCUUAGAGAGUUUAUGAUACUAAUCAAAAUCAAUAUGCCUUCCAUUAAGUGCUUUCCUUUAUUCACUCAGUGUAAAGGGAUAAAUGUUUUUCUGCUAAGAAAGAAGCAGGACACAUUCAUAUCCUUCUGAAUAUUGGGCUGCUUUUCUUCAUCCUCUCAUAAUCAAAGAGUAAUAUUCAUUUUUUAAAAAAAUGGGUCCGUAAAGCACCAUGUACACUGAUAAUGAAAACCAUGUACACAGAUAACAAAAAUGGCUAGCAUAUCCACAUCACAUAGGCUGUGAUUCUUCAGUGGGUGGUUUCAAUCCUGCUCCAAUACAGUGGAUCUGUGCAGGCUGUGCCUCUUUGGCUUAUGUGCUCUGAUGUCACAGAUGGAAUGGGCAGGCUUGGGCCAGGAAGCUGGGUGUCACUGAAGGUCUGAGAGUUGAAACUUUCGUUGAACUAUGUAAAUACUACCUAUAUGCCAUGGCUUUUCAUUGAGUGGCUGUGGAGCCUUUAGUUAAAGAAUCCCUGGUCAUAUGCAGACUGCACUUUCUGCUUAUGGUGCAUGUGUGAUAGAAACUUAGCAUAUCCAAGGUCUUUUUUGUGCAAGUGAUUUUACUUUGACAUGCAAUAGCUAGCUUUCCAUCCUUAUACAGAUACGCAAUUCUAUAAGCUUGAUUUCUUCUUCAGAUGUGAAGAUCAAUGGGGGUAGUAAUUUUUCAGUGGAGAAACACCAACACAGCACUAGGGGCAUCCAGACUUCUAGCAUUCCACACCAUGAUGGAAGCGCUUUCCAUGAACAGAAGGCGCUUCCAUUGACCAUGCACCACUCUGACAAAAGUUUGGAUGCUGCCCACUGGCUACAGCAAGUAACAUUCUAGCAUGUAACAUUCCAGUUCUUGGUUACAUUGGUUACAGCAAGUAACCAACCAACAUUGGUUACAUUGGUUACAGCAAGUAACCAACUAGCAUGUAACAUUCCAGUUCACAAGAUGAAUAUGCUUCCUAAAUGUGCAUUCUCUGACUUUAAAGUGAAUUUCCACGUGCAUUGAAAGAUACAGGACCCAUUUAUGUAUUCAGUGCAAAUCACAGUAUUGUUUGGGGUUUAGUUUUACACAAAGCAAGCAGCUGUAGAUUAGUAUAUCACUGUAAAGACAACUUUGCACUUCUAGAGUCUUAAUUCUGCAUUUCAAGUACUGCAUAAUCCUUUAAAUAUCACAUGCUCUUUGGUUGUACUGAUAAAGAAUGAAAACAUACUUGGGCUUUAUUAAAAUGUUAAAACUG